CGACCAAAUUCAAAACGGUUAUUAUCACGUCAAUCUCUGAUGCGAUUUUUUAUUAGAAGUGGGACAAAACCCUAAUUUUCCUCUUAAAACCCUCGGAAGAUUGACGAUGGCCAGCGGUUGGAGAAAAUCAUUAGGCAAUGUCAGAUCGGUCUUUGGAAAUGCAAUGGGCGGUCUCCGUGGCGGAAGCAACCUGGCGUCUUGGGUGGUUGCCGGAACCCUAGCAUACUUUCUGUGGGUCAAGCCGUCACAAGAGCUCAAAAGAGAACAACAAGAGAGGGCUGCGCUGGCGGCGGCAUCGGAUCGUUAUCGAUAUGUUGAGAAAGUGAAGCCGAUCCCCGAUCUUCAGGAAACUGGGAUUAUCUAUGGGAACAAAAAUAAAACUAAGAAUCCUGAAAUUUGAUGGGAAUAUUUCUAUAAGAGGGCGUAAGGUAAUGUUGUUAUGUUGCAGUCAAAAGGUUACUUAUACGGUGAUUGUGAAACUUUGGGCGUUAUUUAAGAAAUUUAUUGAGAAAAAGGGUAAUAGUUAUUCAGUUUUGCAGAGAACUUCUGCUUUGUAAUAAUGUCCAUGUAAUUUCUCAUGAGGACGAAAUUUAUGCAUCUCAAAUGAUAAGGCAUGCUUGAUUUGCUAACAGUUCAAAGAUGUGCUUGGUAUUCA